AUGUACAAACUAAGGGAGAACUCUUUGAUCGCAGAUUCAGUUUUAAGCUUGGAAAGCUUGUCUCUGUCACCCGUAGAUGCCUCACCCUCCCUCCGGUCCAGAAACCUGUCAGCACCUCAUGCCUCCAGUGCGAUCUCGAACGACAAAUUUCAGGGAAGACGGAAAUCCUGUUCUGAGUGUGUAAAAUCAAAACGACGAUGCGGCCUCGAGAAGCCUGUCUGUGCUCGAUGCAAUAGGCAACACUUGACGUGCGCUUACCCAUCACAGCCUCGAUCAGGGGAUGCAAUAUGGGAAGAUGUUCUUCAAGAGCAAGACGGUAUUCCCGAAAAUGCAAAAGCUCCCAUGGUUAUGGGAGACACAGUGUCCAUGGACAUGUCAUUCAACCUUGACCUGGCCACUCCAUCAGCGGUACCUUCGUUUCCAGAUUCCCUGGAUUUCGAUAUAUUAGGUGGCAGUGGCUCUUUGGAUACACUUCCAAACAUACUCACUGACCCAUCUCAUUACCAAGGAUUCAUGAGCGUAGCUCAUAUUGCAAAGGAAAGAAGUUCUUCUUUCUCUCCGGAGACUUUAUCGCCCUUUGCAAAGUCCAGGGUCGAGUACUGCUUCGAGCAAUGGAAACUAGCCCCCAAGAUGAUGGUCGAACAGAACUGCACACAUUGGUCGCAUGUUCAGCUUUAUGACGAUUAUAUGCCCAGAUCUAUGCAAGAUGUACAUGCGUCAUGCGCCUUGUACAUUACCAGGAAUGGCAGGAAUUCCACCAUCGUUUUCCAGCACAUCAGGAGUAGACUUGGCGAGCUGAUGGCUACUCCCAUACCAAGUGCACCUGUCGAUUUGCUGGCACGCGCUCAAGCGCUCAUGCUGUAUCAAGUCAUGCUUGUCUUCGGUGGGGACAUGGGAUCUUAUCAACAGGCUACAGAUUUGCACCCCCAUAUUGAAAUAGUUGCUGACGCUGUUCGGCUCCUUGCUGCUGAGCAGGAGGACAUCAAAGGGCCACUGCAAUUUUAUCCCAGUACUGCAGCUCGUGCGGCGUGGCGGACCUAUAUUUUCCAAGAGUCGCUACGCAGAACACUGUUGUCGAUAUAUCAAAUCGUCACCAUGUAUCACCUGUUGAACGGCCAGCUCAGUUCCUGCGAUUACAGAAUGGCCAACGGCAACAGAGUAACUUUAUCAGCACAUCUCUGGGCGGCGACUAGUGCAUUCGACUUUGCAAUGGCCUGGAAUAACAAGAAUCACUUUUUGGUCAAGGAUUUGGACUUUUGCAUUCUUUUGCGAGACGCAAAGCCAGACGACCUGGAUGUAUUUUCCAAGAUCAUUGACGACGUGCGUGGCUGGUUGCAUAUACGCGGAGCAAUGCUCUGA